GCUGUACCAAGGCAAAAAGGUGGUUCUCUCGUUGUGGCAGCCAAGAGAGACUUUCUGUUCCUAGAUCUAGAGGUACAUGUAGUACUGUUGACCAGUAAUUAACCUUUCCUGUCAUAUUAAGCUAGUGAAGUGAUUUCUUUGCACCUGCCUUUGCAAAAACAAGGGGGGGUUACCAUCUUAUGCUGUGCUGAAAAAAGUGGAUGUAUUGUAUACUUUAUAUAAAUAUUUGAGUCCAGCCUCCUUAUUACAGACACAUACCAAACGUCAUAUUAUAUAUAAUAUAAUAUGAUCCCUAUGCAGUCAGUUCUCUCUCACACGGACAGGUUCAGGACUGGCCUCAACUGUCUGUCUUAGAGAGGUGUCUUGUUUAUAGACAGUUGAGGUAUCAUGACACCAGUAAUAUUACAAGAAAAUAUCAAGCUGGCAAUGGAUGUGAUAGGAAAGUAGAAUCAUUCUCUCACUGUACAAUCAAACAUUUAUUACAAGCUAACAUUCAUGGCUUAAUGGUCUAAAAGUGUAACUGGAACAAGACCACAAAAUGAUAAGAAUGACCGUACCAAAAAUGUGCCUUCUUGAGUUAGAGCUUUAACUCAUGACUGCAAAACAAACUGUAAUACAGUACCGUAAGUACUUAAUUUGCUUCCUCAUACAGCAAUCUUCUGUUAUGUACUAGAGAACCUACUUUCUACAUAUUUUUGAGGUAUUUGUGUCUGUUGACAGUUUUGUGACCACCCUGCGGGUCACUUCAACUUAUAUGUUUUAGGCUGGUGGCUGCAUAUGGCUUGAGAUAAAUGGUGCCUAAAUCAAAGUUACCUAUGGAUCAUCUUACUAUACUGUAAAUCCCCUCUACCUCGAUUUUGGAGCCAUUGAAGCAUUUAACAGUACAGAAUAAUACCUCUGUGCUUUAGGGCUAGCUAUUAGAUGGCCGGGCCUUCAUUGUCCAGGAUUUAACCCGGCCAAGCAGUUUAAAUGUCAUGAUCGCCUUUUGAUAUGGAUUCAAAGUGUUUCAACUGCAGCAAUUUGGCCUUACAUUACAGCAUACAACCAUGCAAUAAAACAAAGGAAACUUUGAGCAAUAAAAAUAAUAAUAAAUAAUAUUCAAAUGAUAUUUAUAACUAAUACUGUAUCCUUUUUUCCUUAACAGACAGGGCACAAAGAAGUUGUAACUUCAAUUGACAGUAAGUUAUUGUAUUGGUGUCUGUUUCACUUAUCAUCAAUAAUUGCUACAUGAUCAUGUUAUAAAACUUAUUAUUACUCUUCUCUGUUGGGUCAUCAAAGAUCUCAGGUACUUGUAUUUUUUAAGCUGAAUGUUCCCUGCUGUAUACUUUUUUAAUGCAACACUCAUGUCAUACGAAAUUCACUUAUCAUGACUUAUGAGUAUUUUAAAAAUGAGCCACUGAUUUUGUUGUGGAUUCAAAUAUUAACAUGUAAUUAAAAUUAUUGAUUGACUUAUGUAGUGUUUUAUUGCAGAUGACAAACCAGACAAUCGCUUCAAUGAUGGAAAAUGUGACUUGGUCAGUGCUUCAUCAUUUUAUAAUGACUAUACAUUAAGACAACUGGGACAAAAAGUAUUGAGUGGAAAGUUUUUGUUACAGUAUUAUCUGUAUCCCUCAAGUAUUCCUUUUCCCAGCAGUCUGUAUUAACUGUUAUACAUUUACAUGUAGAUGUGGCUCAUCGAAAUUACUUCUGUAUGUAAUACUUUGAUUGUAUUACCACUGCAAACAGUCUGAUCCUGUUAUGGUCAUCUUUUCUUAUAACUUUUUUUUUUUGUAAUUUAUUUUACAGACUGGUAGAUUUUGGGCUGGUAGGUACAAAGCAAAACUAUUUAAUAUAUUCACCACAACUUGAUCAAGAUGGAAAAACCCAUCACCUAGCUGACAAGUGACAGAGGGACUGAGUCAGACAGUCUACAUACAUAGUUGAAGCUGUCUUAUCAGACACUCUGGGCAGCCAUACUUAUAGUCACCUUGACGUGAAGUCCCGUUUGAACUCCUUGCUAAAAAUCAAACUGAAACAUCUGAACUUCCGCCAGGUGAAUAAACCAGGGUCACCCAACGUCAAUUUUCGGAAAAUAUCUGUUCGGAAGACGAUCUGAGAUCUAGAAUUUUCGGAACAUUUGUUGUAAAAUUUCUUGCUUGCCUGCCUCUCCUAGGAUUUUCGAACAUCUAAAAAAUGAUAUAAUUGCCCAUUUUAACGGAUUUUUGCCCUAAAAAGGUCACCUAGAAUUUUCGGGAGCCUUUUUUCUGGCUGAAAUUUUCGAAAAGGUAAGUUUUGAUCCCUAUAAUUUUCGGAUCACUAGAGUUUCAGCUACGAAAUCCGAACAGAUGAAAAAUUUUUUGGGGAUACAAAUGUGCCUAUAUCGACGGUUUAAGUACUAAAAUACGUUUAACAAUGCUAUGUUUUCAAGCGGUUUUGAACUAUAUUCUAGUUGGGUGCCCCUGAUAUUUACCAUACUGGAUCAGUCCAUGCUUGUGAAGUGUUACAGUCGUGAUCGAUAAAUAAAUUUAUCAGAGGUGCUUGAGAACCUUAAAUGACAGGGCUAUUCCUAGACUGUUCACAGUCCCCUAUUUUCUCGUAAGAUUUUCGGAAUCGAAGACUUUUCGUUUUCGUCACGGUCGACCAUCUUAGAGGAGUGAUAAAUCUCUUAAGGGGGUAGGGGACGGUUUGAGAACCCUCCUCCGCUAUUAACCCCGACGCCCGGCCCCUUGGUACAUAUGAAACCUAGGUGGCUGUCCGUACCGGUAAGCGCUCGAUCCUGACGGUCUUACGAAAAAAAUAUGGGACUGUGAACAGGGUUUAUUAGGGCGAGGGGCUUAAUAGACGAUUUUAGGGUGCGAUCGAGUUAAAAAUUAAAUCGUUCCCCAGUUACUAAGUAUACAUCUGUGCAUGUAGAUCUUCUACUGUUGUUUUUUUUUUUUUUGCGUUUUAAGGAACCAUGGGUCCUGAGCCAAUUCCCACGAAAGUUGUACCAAAUCAGGGAUCAUUAGUGAGUAUGCCCUUCGAUUAAGUUAAAACAUUUUUUAAAGAUUUGUUCUGGAUGUCCAGUUACAAAGGAAUUGAUAAGAAAAGAUUCAUUUUUGGGGCGAUGGGCUAACCUGAUCUGUCGGGCAACUUAGCUUUGAUUAACAAACUGUAUACUUAAGAAAAUGACGAACCAUUAUUUAUGAUCUAUGAGUGCACGACGAGAAAGAAGGAAUUUUUUUUUUUCGUGUGGAGACGUUUCACCGUCUUCCGCCAUUACAAUAGAGCCGGCAGCUUCAACAAAUCUUUUCGUUCGGCCAUUUUUGUAAAAGGUCGCGUUUUCUUAUUUUUAAUAUAUCUUUUUCAUGACGUCAUACGAUUUUCAGGGUUAUCUUGACUGUUUUUUUCACGUUGGUUGUCCUGUGCAGAUCGAUGCCACAUGGUCCCUCUGCUCGGGAAAGUUGUAAAAUGUACUUCGUUAUGACAUUGAGUCUGGUUAAAACUUCCUUAGAUUUGGACAUGGAGACUAAAGUUAGCCGAAUGCCCAAUUUUUAUGUCAGCAAAAGGAUUUUCGCCUUCAGUGGCUAUUCUUGCAAGUAGAAAUUGUGAAUAACUUGCCUACCAGACAGACAGCAAAACAGCAAUUAUUUCCAUGAAUCGGUAAAGCAAAUUAACAGAGCAAAAAGGAAACACUAAGCAAAAGAAAUAAACAAAAUUCUUAAAUGAGCUGUUCACCACUAAGACUUAUUUUUCUGGAAUUUUCUGCUGGCUGCUAUCCCUGUCUACUGUCGCUAUCUCAAAACAGAUGUUCUUCACGUUUCCAUAUAGGGCAUUUAUUUUAGUACGUUGUCAGUCUAGAAAUUGUUAAGGUGCAACAUGCAACCAUCGAGUUAUGGAUGCACGUAGGAGGUUUCUAAGCACGGAAGAAGCGUAAGAGUUGAGUAACUAAAAGCCUCUUGAGUGCUUAGCAAACCUUCCAAGUGCAUCCAUAACUCGAUGGUUUCACAGCUGCACUAUUUACCAUUUUUAUUAUAGCAGAAUCAUCUGCCCACGCUAUGGCGUGUGCAAAUUCGCAAACUAUGAGGUAAAAACAAAAUAUAUUCUGCGUUGAAAGUGACACGUAUGGUUUUGAGCACAAUCAUCCAAGGCCAAAUAGUAAAUUGGUAAUUGACCAAUCAAAGCGCGCGCUUUACUUUUGUUCUAUCACAAUUCUUAUUAAGACUUCGUACAUCAAAACUUCAGUAGUUCCUUCUUUUUCCUUAUCUUUUCGAACGUUUGUGUGGGACUGUUUGUUAGUUACCGUAUAUACGUCUUUUUUCUAAACGUUUCUCCUUCUUACUUGUCCCUAACAGAUUAUCCUUUAGUUCGUUCUCUUUUGAGGUUGCUAAUGCAUGUUUACAUCAGGGUCUCCUUCACUGAGAUAUGAAAUGUUUGAAAUAUUUUAAUCUGGGGAAUCCGAUCAUUUUCCCCAUCAAACAGACACCUUCUGAACAGUGACAUGCCAAUGAGGCAUGGUGUUGCAGUGGUAGCUGGAAUCUGCAGUAUAUAAAUUUUUCUGUAGACCGGCUACUGGCAUACAUGUAUUUACUCAUAGAAUACGCUACUAUUCCUACUUUUCUUCUUUCAUUGCAGUAUUCAUUAAAUUGUGACCUUACAGUGCAACACCUGGUUGACAAGGUAAUUCUCUUGGCAUGAUAGGUGGCGUAAAAUUUGACCACAUAUUAGGGAGCUUAGGCAAAGGCGUUUUUGAGGCUGCGCACGUCAGCUGGGGGAGAAGCCUUAUCCCUUUAAAAAUAUGACAGAAAGUUACUAAUUGGUAUUGCUAAGUGUCUUUACUCUAAAAUAUGGGCAAAAGCAUUGCCUAAGAAUGCAAGAAGUCCGCUUCUGUCGCUCAAACACGUCUUUGCCGCUAUUCUCUCCAGAUGUUUUCUUUAAACAUUCUAUUUUUUCUAUUUAAGGUCUCAAUAUCCAAUGGUAUUGCUUGGAAUGGAGAAAAGAAGGCUUUUUAUCAUGUUGACACAUUUGAAAGGUACGUACCUCCAUUGCUUCGAAAAUGUCAUACUAAUCCAUUGGCGAGGAUAAUUACAGUGCAGCUGUUAAAAAAAACGGAGCAGUUGCAUCGGAAAUUUAUGACUAAAGAACGCGCAAACUUGUAAUAAUUAUAGGUAGACUGUCAUGUUGUUUCAUUAGAUAAAAAGCUUUUUACCACGCUGUGUGGCUACUUCCAAGUGCAUGAUUAGGUACAGGCUGCACUGAUUUAUUUACUGCAUUGAAAACCGGCGUAUUAGAACCUGGAUUUUUCCAACUUAGCCUAAAUAGCUUCUUAUAGAAAUGGUAUUAAGUGGGAUUUAAGGCUACUUAGGUUCUUAAAUAGGUUCUUAAUUUGAUAGGGGCACUAGCGAUCAGCACUGAUAACUACUACAGGGCAUAUGCGUGUGAGAUAUGGAAUAUAUAUGCUGUCUUAAAUAUUAUCUAGAAUACAGUUUAGAUGAGAACCAUACAGUAAAUUUAUCUUUCCAAAGUACUAGCAUGCACGUCUUUCUUGGUGCAUUGUCCAUAAAAUGCUGUGUUGGCGAAGACAUGAUACGGAUUUCAUUUUCUUUCAUUCGGCUUUGAAUGUUACUGACUGAAACCUAGACUAAAUUUUUUUUCUGUAUUUUCAUCUGUGCCUUCAUUUUUGUAAAAUAAGAACCUAUAGAAAAUUUUACACUAAAUGGGUUCUUAUGAAAAGGGGGUUUAAAAUGAAAAUUUAGCCUAGCAGGUUCUUAAAUUUUAGGUUCUUAUUAAUGCGGUUUUUUACUGUAUGGUGACUCCUGGGACUCAGCCUGUGAAAAAUCGUGAGUCACAGAUCGAUCGAUCAUCGUUGCGUCCAACGUGACGCAUGUCAUCAAUUAUUUUGCUUCUUUUGGGGAAUUUUCAGGGGUAACAAAAACGGUUACAGAAACGAGUGUCACCAGUGUUUGCCCCGAUUUUAUUUCUAUUGGUUGAAAAUCCGAAAUAUAGCUGUUCUUGAACGUCGACUUGCAGGAAAAUAGACGUAUUUGAUUAUGACGCAACAAGUGGUACGUUACUAAAUAGGAGGACUAUUGUGAAGGUUGAUCCGUCUCUUGGAGUAAGUUGAUUCAUUAGUUCUAAAAUAAUUGUAUUCUGAAGAUGACAUCAGCUUCUAGUCACUUAUUUUAAGCUGACUUAUUUCAUUUUGUACGCCUCUCUCUGAAGGCUUUUCUGUCAGAGCUUUAGCCUUACUCAGCUGAUACAGUGGCAUUGUCGCAUGUCAUAUCUUCACUCUGAGAGAGUCGCCGUUCUUUAUUUAUCAAGUGGCCUGGACAGACUGUGGACCUUAAUUAGCGUGUACAUGUACUUAUAAAAAAGUUUAAUAAUGCUUCAGUUCAUUUCACCCAUUGAAAAGCGUACAUUUUGACUCCGAUGGUUAUUAGCAGUGUAACGCUAACGGUGUCUGUGUUUGGUUUAUCAGUAUCCAGAUGGAAUGACUAUCGAUGUUGAUGGCAUGUUAUGGGUUGCUAUGUACAAUGGAUGGAAGGUGAGUUUGAGGUAACAUAUCAAACACAACACACAGUGUGUCAUUCCGGCGAUAUCCAUAUUCUUCUCUGAAAAGAGCUUUUCACGUUAUAGCUAAACACUGAAAAGUGAUAUUAUCAAAUACCAGAAGGAGUGUUUCAUUCGAUAUCUAACCACCGAGAGGCAAUACUUUAUUUCAAACACGACUCGCAGAUUUUUAUCUGAUAUCCAGACAUCAAGAAGACUGAGAAGUGGGGUGAUAACAAGGCGCAAGACCCGGUCAUCAUGGUGUCUGGAUAUCGGAUAAAAGACUGAGUUGAGUGUUUGAUAUAGCUUCUCAAAUGCUCAAUAGUUGUUAAAGAAAUUGUCAUAGUCUUUAUAUGGUAUUUGUUGCCCUGUAGAUUGUGCGGUACAAUCCUGAUACUGGGGAAUGUCUCGGCCAAUUAAAUCUUCCGGUCUCUAAAGUCACAUCAUGCUGUUGGGCCGGAGUAAAUCACGAUGAGCUUAUUGUCACAAGCGAAAGUUUGGUCAAAGUCAUUUUCCUGAAUUAGAACCUGCACUGUGAUUUGUGGCAAACUUUGCCGAUUGGUUGUCUAUGUUGUGGACACUUAAAUUUUGAAGUAAAAUCGAGGGUGUCAAUACGUGUAGGAGCAGGAACGACUUGCAUUAAUCAAUUCCUAAAGUGCCAAGAUUAUUACGAGUAUUUGCUCGCAGGCGAUUGUCUUGUUUUCUACACUGGAAAUUAGUCUAUAUUUUUGCUCAAGAGAUAGAAAGUAACUGCUCAUUUUAAAAUCUGAGAGGAAAACUGAUAGGUCCCCACACUGGUUAAAUAAAUAAAUAAAUAAAUAAAUAAAUAAAUAAAAUGAAGAAUUACCUCUCUGAGGAGAGCUGCCAUGUUUAAAUGUACGCGUCAGUCUCGACCCAGAGCUCUUUUGCGCAUGUAGAGGAGAGAGAUCAAGAGCUCUGGGGAACCCUGGAGCAAGAUUGUCUCUGAUUGGUUUCAGCAAAUAAAAAAAAAAUAAAAGUGUUUCUGAUUGAUCCAUUCAGUUUGCACGAGAGCGGUUGAAUGUUGAAGUAAACACGACAGGCCGAUUCUUGAUUUCAGCGAUUCCAAAACAACAUUUGCGCGACUAAUUAGACAGAAUUACUGGAUUUUCCAAUUUUCAAAUAAAAUAGCUUAGCUACAUAUCGAAAAUUGAACCAGAAAAAGAUUUGAAUGUGAAAAAGUAAAAUAAAAAUGCACCGACAUCUUUGCCAGCUAUAAUUUAAGAAGCAUGACACAUUACUGAUUUUUCUUUGACUUCCACGUUAUCGUAUUGACACGAAGUAGCCGAGUAUGAAUAAUGAGCUUCUUGUCGUAAAUUGCCCAAAAACAGAAUUGCAAGAAAAAAUAACGGAAAAAGUCAAUCGCUCCCUAAAGUGAUGCGUGUACAAUGCUACUAGAUAUUCUUCUUUUCACACGAUAUCGCAUUUCAAAGCAGCUUCGCUGAAGUGUUAAUGUUCAUGAACAAACAUAAAUAAAAGGACGCUAAAUUCAAAACUUCAAGUCUCAAAUCUGUGAUUGGGAACGUUUAACAGUAUUUUCUCAGCAGCUACCACAAGAACCUUGGAUACUUGAAAAUUCCACAAGGCCGUUAACUGAAUUUCUUCAGUUCUAAUACCGAAGCAGCAUAAGACUUUCACGAUGAAGUAGAUAUAAAAGAAGCCAAAAGUUUGCUGGGAUCAAAGAGCAUGCGCUGUGAGGCCCAAACAGCCAGAUUUUGGCUACUCCGGCGCAGAGUUUCCCAGAGCUUACGCGCGCAUUCCCAAACCCUUAGCACUGGGGUCGAGAAUGAUGUGCACGUGUUAAUCACGCGUGAAACUAUGCGCAAUAAGGAUGCGCAGUGCAAUACUAGGGAAUAAGUAAGUCCAUGCAGCCGUUUUAUCCGUCAAAAAGUCGAUCGAGCGAAUCUCUAACGCGAGGCGCUAUUUCUUUUGUCUAUAAACCUCCAAUCGCCCCAUCUCUUCAAUAAAAUUUGAUGUUUACUUUAGUUAAUCAAUAUUGAUUUGGAGAAAAAUUUCCCCUUCAUCUUCCUUACUCCAAAUAGGAACCUUAAGAUGCGACGACGGCGACGACAACAGGAACGUAAAAAAAACAACAGGUUAAGAUUAGCAAAACAACAACUUAGCACGUGCAUCACGCUUUUUAGUACACUUCGUUGCCGUCACAGCACGAGCACGACGUGAAAAUGCCUAAUUUCACGUUUUAGGGAUGAUGUAAACAAUCUACUACGGGUUUCUUCCUGUUUCUGAACUUGGAUAUGGUUUUUAGGAAUUUAACUCCAGGAGAGUUCCCCUACAUUUGACAAAGCAAGUGAGUUGGAACUGUCGCGAUGAAGACUGAAUGAACGGGAAUUCACUUUUUAGGCGAUGUUUUCGCUGCCGUCGUCGUCGUCAGAUCUUAAAGUCCCUAAUAUCAUGGGAAAGGGGACCUGAAAAAUUGCUUAUGUACGCCUUGGAAUAUUCUAGUUUGGGCAUAUAUUCAAUUUGCCAACGAUCUUAUCUAAACAACAUUAUUUAGAGAAGACUAGAAAGGCAUUUAUCUUCUUAAAACAACGCAACAGAGAUUCGUUCAAGCGCGGCUUAAGUUAGACUUUGUUUAAAUAUUUGGCCCACAGCGAUCAUAUGGAAAUCAGGAGAAAGGCUGUUCCAUAAGGGCAAUGAAACACUGAUGCCGAAUUAACCGUGACGUAGCCUUUUGGUUUAAGAUAACUCUUUAAAUUUAUUCGCUGCUUUGUUGUUUACAGAGCUCGACUGAGUCCAGAAGAAAGACAGCAGCAGCCUCUGGCUGGCUCCAUUUUUCGGAUAAAAAACUUCGGAACUCGAGGAUUACCAGCUGUUGCCUUCAAUGGAUGA